CACAACCCUAUGACACGUGUGUUUAAUGUCAAGUUGACUGAUGACAAGACAAUGGCCAGCAAUGUAACAAACGUCAAAUAACAAGAUUAUAAAGUGUAAACUGCAUUUUAUUCAUGGUGUUUUUCUGUAAAGCUACGAAAGCAACCUUUAUUUCUUCAAUUCUCUAUAGGAAACAAAUUUAUUAAUCUAUAAUAAAACAAAAAUAAGUCUCAAUAUCACUAUGACGUUCAUACCGAAUUGGGAAGAGUUUGAAAAGUCGGCGGAGAUGUUAUAUUUAAGAGAUCCCUUGAACACACGCUACACUAUAAAAUAUUCCCAUACAAAAGGUGUUUUUGUAGUUAAAAUAACAGACAACAAAAAGUGUCUUCAAUAUAAAACUGAAGUUCAACAAGAUGUUAGAAAAAUUGAUAAGUUCAUAUCAAAUCUUAUAAGGCAUAUGGCAUCAAAUGAUAACUAACAUGUAAAUAUUGUAAAUUAAGUUAAUAAAUAUAUUCUUUUAAGGCCA